AUGGACUGCCGUUUUAGGGUGCUCUUAGUUCUUACAGCUGCUGCUUGGCACUUUCUCAGAGGCUGGACAGGAGGAAACAGAGCAGGUGUCCCAUAUCUGACUGUCGUCCCUACCUCCGCUGCGAUCUCGGAUAUUACCAGCUCAAAGCCAGAAAACAGAUUGCAUCAGCGGCUUCGGCAAGAAGCUGCAACAGUCCCCAGUUCAGAGGAAGAAUGGGGAGCCCCAAUGUCCUUCAAGAAGCUCCACUACAUAGAUAGUGCUGUCCGGGAAACAGUACAUCUGACUCUGUGUUUCCGUAUGCAGCCGACUGGGAAGUCAUGUAUCCAUCUGGGAUUACCUUGCCCAUAG